GGGGUUUAGCGAUUUGUGGCUGUUGUAACGACCAGGUGAAAGUUCAACCGAACUCCAGACAUAAUGGAAGUAAAUCAGGCAAAACAAGAGCAUCUACUUGCAUUGAAAGUGAUGCGGUUAACAAAACCCACACUCUUCACUAACAUGCCAGUGACGUGUGAAGAUCGAGACCUCCCAGGAGAUUUGUUCGAUCGGCUCAUGAAGGAGGAUCCAUCCACUAUUAAAGGAGCAGAGGCUUUAAUGCUGGGAGAGAUGCUCACACUACCUCAGAACUUUGGAAAUAUUUUCCUUGGCGAGACCUUCUCAAGUUACGUUAGUGUGCACAAUGACAGCAGCCAGGUGGUCAAGGACAUACUAGUCAAGGCAGACCUGCAGACCAGCUCUCAGAGGUUAAACCUAUCAGCGUCCAACAACGCAGUCACAGAGCUGAAGCCUGAGUCCUGCGUUGAUGAUGUCAUCCACCAUGAAGUCAAAGAGAUUGGGACUCACAUUUUGGUUUGUGCAGUCAGUUAUACCACACAGGCUGGAGAGAAGCUGUACUUCAGGAAGUUCUUCAAAUUUCAGGUUCUGAAGCCGCUCGACGUCAAAACCAAGUUCUACAAUGCAGAGAGUGACCUCAGUUCUGUGACAGACGAGGUGUUCCUGGAGGCCCAGAUCCAGAACAUCACCACGUCGUCCAUGUUCAUGGAGAAAGUGUCCCUGGAGCCCUCCAUGAUGUACAACGUCGCCGAGCUCAACACCGUGGAGGACGAAGGAACGUCUACAUUUGGGAAGAUGUCUUACUUGCAGCCCAUGGACACGCGCCAGUAUCUCUACUGUCUGAAGCCCAAGCCAGAGUUUGCAGAGAAGGCGGGCAUCAUCAAGGGCGUGACGGUGAUCGGCAAACUGGACAUUGUGUGGAAGACCAACUUAGGAGAAAGAGGAAGGCUGCAGACAAGCCAGCUACAGAGAAUGGCUCCAGGUUACGGAGACGUCAGGCUAUCGCUGGAGAUGAUCCCAGACACCGUCAACCUGGAGGAACCCUUCGACAUCACCUGUAAAAUCACCAACUGCAGUGAGAGGACCAUGGACCUGGUGCUGGAGAUGUGUAACACCUGCUCCAUCCACUGGUGUGGUGUAUCAGGGAGACAGCUAGGCAAAGUCAGCCCCAGUGCCUCACUCGCUUUGCCCCUCAAACUCCUCUCCUCUGUCCAGGGACUGCAGAGUAUAUCCGGCCUGAGACUAACCGACACAUUUCUGAAGAGGACGUAUGAAUACGAUGACGUUGCACAGGUGUGUGUGGUCUGUCCAUACAUGAGCCGGGAGAGCUAAGACCUUCCCAGACCCUUCUAGAACCCAGCACUAUAAAUCUCAAAUCUCCAUGCACCAACUUCCAAACUCUGCACCUAUACUAUCACCUUACAGUACACACCCCAAGGUUAUCAUGUUUUAACAGAUGUUAUGUUUUUAAUGUUUUCUUUGCAAAAAAAAAUCUGGAUUUUAAAUGUGAAUAAAAGCGGUGAUUUAA